AGGACAUGUCCGGGAAAAAGAGGACGUCUGGUCACCCUAGUUCUACCAAAAUAUUAAUCAUUUCCGAUUUUAGAGAAUUUAGUUCAGUAGUAAAACUUUCUUUUAUGAUGUUUUCAUAACGUAUUCAGCUCUACCGGAGUUCAGAGCUGUUGUUUAUUUUUUCUUUAAUCGCAGAUCUGAGUUUCUGCUGCUGGGAAAUAAAUUCUUUAACCGCAUUGGAUUUAAAAAUAAAGACGAUCCUGCUCCCGUUUUUCCCUCUUUUUGUGUUUCAUCAAGACGAAGGUUGAGGACCGGGAAGGAGCGCUGCGACCCGACCAAAAGCAUGUUCCCACGGACGGAGCCACUCUCAUGGGACAGCCAUGUUUUGUCCCCAUGACAGCUAGAUCACUCAGCCCUCUCUGCAGUGACCACCUGCACAGCAAAGGAUGCUGGAAAAUAAUGAGCAUUUUUAUUCCAGUCAGGAUGACAAAGAUGGGGAGGAUGAGGAGGAAGAAGAAGAGCAAAGGCGAGGAAGUGACGAAGGCCGGUGGAGCAGGGAGAACGGAGGACUAGAAGGACUGGGGGGGAAGGAAAUGAUCAGCGGACGCCAGGCCUGGGAAGGGAAGGGCGGUGAGGCGGUGAAACCGGCAGCCAUUGUGGUCGGCAGACAGAGAAUGGACCGACCGCUGAGACCCGGUAACCUGGACAACCGGGGCAUUGCCCACAUGUCCAAUCAGACACAAAUGCACCACCACGCCGCCAACAAGCUGCAGCAGCAACAUCUGAUAGCGGCAAAACGGCGAGCACUGAUGGAGCGCAGCAUGACCGCCAUAGCACCACAUGAGGACACCUUCCUCACUAUGAUGGUGUUCCGCAUAGGGAUCCCUGACAUCAAACAGACACGGUGCCUCCAGUUUGACCAGGACUGCACCGUGUGGAGUGCCAAGCAGCAGAUUGUUUGUUCGCUUGGCGAGUCCCUGUGGGACGUCUACAACUACGGACUCUUCCAGCCAGCUGGAGAAGGACGAGAUGCCAAAUUCCUGGAGGAGGAGCGCCCCCUACGGGACUAUGCACGCACCUUUGAGAAAGGGGUUCCCUACCUCGAGUUUCGGUAUAAAACCAGAGUUUACAAACAGACCAACCUGGAUGAGAAGGCUCUGGCUAAGCUCAGCACCAAGGCCAGCCAGAAGAAGUUUCUGGAAUACGUCCAGACUGGAGCGAUGGAAAAAAUGGCAAAAGUUCUGGAAAAAGGUCUGGAUCCAAAUUUUCAUGACCCUGACAGUGGAGAGACGCCGCUGUCGGUGGCGGUGCAGUCCGGCCUGCCGGUGGACGGCGUCCGGCUGCUGGUUCUGGGCGGGGCCCACAUGGACUUCAGGAGCCGCGACGGCAUGACGGCACUGCACAAAGCUGUGAGAGCUCACAACCACGCCGGACUGCUGGCACUUUUGUCCCUCGGAGCGUCUCCGGACUACAAGGACCGCUGUGGCCUGACCCCGCUGUACCACACUGUGCUGACAGGGGGCGAAACGUCCUGCUGCGAGACGCUGCUGUAUUACCGGGCGAAGCUGGGCACCAGGGACGAGAACGGCUGGGAUGAGAGCCAUCAGCACAGGGAUGAAGAGGAAUUUGGAAUGGAAGAAAUCCAUAAGGCUUGCCAGAACGGCUUUGCUCAACACUUGGAGCAUCUGCUGUUUUAUGGAGCGGACACGGCUUCUCAAAACGCCUCAGGGAACACUGCGCUUCACAUUUCAGCGCUCUACAACAAGGAAAGCUGCGUCCGGGUUCUGCUGUACCGGGGGGCCAACAAGGAGGCGAAGAACAAACAUGGCCAGACUCCUUUUCAGGUGGCUGUGAUGUCAGGUCACUUUGAACUCGGAGAGAUUAUUAAAAACCAUAAAGACUCGGAUGUUGUUCCCUUUUUAGAGUCGCCAAAGUUUGUUCCCAGGCGAAAGGAGAGCAUCCACACGCUGCCUCUCCCCUCGCUGCAGUCCCACCCGCUGCUGCGCGCCAACAGCGACAACACCGUGACCGGCUCCGACCCGCUGAUCCUCCCCGCCAAGGCCGCCACCAAUCCGGGGCAGGGCCAGCGCCGGGCCUCCAUCGGGGUCAGGAGCUCCAGCAGCCCCCGGUACCGAACCCGGUCCCCGUCCAGAGGCAGAGGAGGCCAGAGCGACACGGAGGAGCGGCACCGGCAGCCCAGAGGCCGGCAGGGCGCGGCGCCGGGCGGCGCCGGGGGCGGUCAGAUGAAGCGGAUGUACAGCGCGGUGCCGGGCCGGGUUUACGUCGCCGUCCGCUCUCACUCCGCCAGCGGAGACAGAGAACUCUCACUUAACAAAGGCGACAAAGUAAAAGUGCUGAGCGUGGGAGAGGGGGGCUACUGGGAGGGGACAGCCAGAGGACGCACCGGCUGGUUUCCCUCCGACUGCGUGCAGGAAGUGGCGCCGCCCAGCAGAGAGAAAGAGACGCGGAGCGAGAAGGCCAAGAGGAAACUUUUCCGUAACGUCACAGUGGGAGCAUACGACGGUACCGAUGGGCCAAGCGACUACAUCAUUAAGGAGAAGACAGUGCUCCUACAGAAGAAAGACAAUGAAGGCUUCGGCUUUGUGCUCAGAGGAGCCAAAGCUCAGACUCCCAUAGAGGAGUUCACGCCAACGCCAGCCUUCCCGGCGCUGCAGUACCUGGAGUCUGUUGAUGAGGGGGGCGUGGCCUGGAGAGCGGGCCUGAGGAUGGGGGACUUCCUCAUUGAGGUGAACGGCCAGAAUGUGGUGAAGGUGGGUCACCGGCAGGUGGUCAACAUGAUCCGGCAGGGCGGCAACAGCCUGAUGGUGAAGGUGGUGAUGGUCGCUAGGAACCCGGAGCUGGAGGACACGGCUCGGAAGAAAGCAGCCCCGCAGCAGUCGAAACGACUGACCCCUCCUGCCAUCGCCCUGCGCUCAAAGUCGAUGACAUCAGAGCUGGAAGACAUGGUAGAGAAAGCCGCCGCCUCGCCCUGGAAGAAGAAAACAGAGUAUGAACCCUCUCAGGGUCCAGAUAAGAAGAGGACCGUUUAUCAGAUGGCGCUAAAUAAGCUGGAUGAAAUCUUGGCUGCUGCUCAGCACACCAUCACAUCCGACAGCCAAGGUCAGAGAGGUCAUGGGGGCAAGAGGGACCGGAGCAAGAGCAUCGUUCCCAACGUUCCCACUGUUCCCACUGUUCCCAACGAGCAGCCGUAUGAGCAGCCGUCAUCCGUGAAUCUGAUGCAGACUGGGCAAGGAUUUGGCUACAACCAGGCCCAUUUUCAACCAGGACAUGGAUCUCAGCAUGCAGUCAUGAUGCGCCAGAAAUCCAUCGGUGUGACAGAAGAAGAAAGGCAGUACCUCCACCCACCGGCUAUGAAGCUAGCUCGCAGUCUUUCAGUGCCAGGACCAGAAGACAUCCCACCGCCCCCCAACACGUCUGCUCCAGAGCCGCCUUUGUCCGCAGGUCCUUAUACUGGUAGAGGGCCUGCUAUGCCAAUCCCCCCUGUAUCUCAAGCCCACUACCAGCUCCACUCGCAGCCAGCCCAUCCUACCCAGGCUGGCUGGGAGAGGGGAGGACCUGGUGGGCUGAACCAGCAGGUCAUGGUUCCCACCCUCCGCAGGCAGUCCGACGGACUCUGCAUAAGAGAGCCAGACGCGCCUCGGAGAGGCGGCGGCAAGAUGGGAGGGCUUAGGAGAGGAUACAGCAGUGCCACACCACCAACAAGUGCAAAGCCAAAGCCUCAACAGGUGCAACAUCCUGUGCAACUCACCAGCCGGGAGCAAGGUGGAGGAGCCGGAAGGGGAGUAGCGAGGCGUGGAGGUCGUGGAGCUCUGAUCAAGCAGUCAAAGGUGGAAGACGGGCUGAGACAACAUAGGGGCAAAGGAGGUGCCACCAAAGAGAAGAGUUCUAUCCCCAUCCCUACGAUUAUCGUCAAAGCGCCGUCCACCAGCAGUAGUGGCCGAAGCAGCCAGGGUAGCAGUAUAGAAGCAGAUCCGUCUCAGGAUGUGGAGGACCAAACCUCUGGGAACGCAGCUCCAGACAACUCCAGCACAAGCCUACCUUCACCACUGACCCCCACACCGCCUCAGCCGACUACACCCAACUCCUUGCCUUCAUCGAGAGUCGCACCCGCCGUCUCUUCUCAGCAAAACCUGGAAAAAGUGGACUAUACCUCAACAUUUGGCACAGCAUUUAGUGGUGGAGGAACACGCAGGGACAGGGAGCGAUUAAGAGACAUAAGAAGAAAGAGCGCUUCCUUCUUCCAGUCGUCAGAGGAAGACAUUCAAGGAGAGGCAGGUGGUGGAGAAGGAGGAGGGACACUUGAGGCCCAAGUUCAGCCUCUUCAAGGCUCAAAAAUGGAGGUACCCACCCCUCGACUUCGGCCUUCCAAGUCUAUAGAUGAAGGCAUGUUUUCUGGAGACAACUUCAUGAACUAUUCCAGCAGUAUGCCCCCAGCCUUUGGCCUUCCAGAGUACUCCUCACCUGUCCUUGGCCAGGAUGGGCAGCCAAAGUCAGCCCCCUCAGUGUAUGGCAGCCAGCCUGCUACAACUUUUAUCCAUCCACUAACAGGGAAAGUGCUUGACCCCUCAUCCCCACUUGGCCUGGCACUGGCUGCGAGAGAACGAGCUCUGAAAGACGACCGCAGGACGCGCCGAGAUGACAGGCACUUUGGCCGGCAGAUGUCCACAGUUGGGUCCUUCCCUACACCAAUUCAAACCCCAACACCUUCGCUGUUUGCAACCCCGUCACAAUCGGCAUAUACUUCUCCGGUGUCCCUUCACCUCGGAUCCCCCUCCGCCACCGCCUCCCCUGCGUCUUUGAGCCGGCCGCAGUCACCAAGGAUUUUACGUUUAGGCGGUGGAGGAGGUGGAGGUGGGGAGAGGAUGGAGAGAGAAAGAGAUGGAGGGCCUAAAGAGGGUCUUAGGGUUCGUUUCUCUGAGGACAGAAACAGCCAGUUUUCAGGCCAGUACUACCCACAGAGCAGCAGAGAGAGAGAGGAGAUGUACGAAAGCAAACAUGCUCAGGGUGUUCAGCCACCUCCCCCGCCAGCUCAACCUGCCCCCCGUAGACCCUCCUACUUGCAGAUGGAAAACGUUGCCAACACAAGCUAUAUUCCACAAUACACUGUCCCCACAGCUCCAUCACAGACUAACGACGCAAUGGGAGAAGCAAGAGCCGGGGUGGGAGGCCUGGGACUGAUGGUUCUCCCUCCUCCAGCUCCCUCAAUAGACGUAGAUGAGGAGUUUGUUUUUGCAGAUCCUUUGCCCCCUCCGCUACAAUUUGCUAAUGGAAAGAAUGAGAGAGCAAUGGAGUUCUCUCAGCAUCAUCAACGGAAGAGUCAAAACCCUGCUUCUGCUGCCCCACCUCCACCACCCCCUCCUCCGUCUCCUAAACCCUCAAAUGCUCCCCAACAGUCUUCACAAGGUGGCGACUCUGCCGCCUCAAGCCUCACCUCCUACGACAGUGAAGUGGCCAACCUCACACAGUCUGCACUUUCUCCAUCAUAUCCAUCCCCACAAAUAUUUGCACCAUCGUCCACCACCGCUACCACCUCAGCAGCUGCUGCAUCACUACACAGACCCCAGCCCAUGUCACAUGCCCAUCCUUAUUAUGGCAGCACUAAUGACCCGUUGGUUGGGGUUCAGACGCCAGCCCAGGACAGAGGCACAGCGGCCCUUACCACCACCAUGACCUACGCAACAACAACAAUGACAGCAACUGCUGCUGCCACAACCACAACAGCCUCUCCUGCUUCCUCCGACUAUAGCGUGGCCGGGCCCAAAGUAGGCCUUAGCACAGGGAGUAAAGGAACCGAUCCCACUCAUUCCAGUACUAUGAUUCCCAAGAGUGGAGACUGGCAGGACACAGUGGUGGAUUCUGGCAUUGAGGAGCUGGACAGUCACAGCAGUAGUGACCAUCAUCUAGAAAUGCUGGGACUUGGUGCCUUGAGAGGAGAAAAAAUUGGACUUGGAGGUGAUGGACGAGGAGGGGAGGGAGAGAAACUCAACGAACAUCAGGAUCCCUGCACAAUCUACCGGGGAGGGCAACCGUUUGAUGUUCACACCUCCAAAAUGGCAAACCCCGUCUUUCCAAAGAUGAUGCAUUACAAGGAAAUAGAAGGAAGAGGCCCACCUAUAGCGUUACGCAGGCAGAACAGCACCAACCCGGCUCCUUUGCAGUUGCAGAGACAAAGCCACCCUGAAGAUGCCGGUUUGGAGAGAACUCUUGUUGACGACAGAAAGCACAAGCAGAGUCGGGCCAGAAUGGAAGAUGGCUUUAGCUCUGCGCUGGCGGCCUGUCUGGAGAGGCCCAUCGAGCCUCGAUCAGUGGUCUGGGGUGACAUCACUGAACACCAACAAGAAGGAGUCCAGCAUGGGGGUAUGGUGUUGGACGGUCGCAAGCUUCACUCGCCUUUUUCCGGUGUGAAAGCCAGCAUCAUCAACGAGUUGAGUUCCAAGCUGCAACAGAUGAGUAGCAUGAAGAGUAUGGAUGACUGGAGUCACGUUCCUAAGUCCCCCUCCAUGCACAGAUAUUCGGCAGAUUUUACCGAUGCCUUCCACAGCCCACCGACCGGUCGCUCCACCUCGCCGCUACCGACCUCCUCCCCGCAGCAUCGACAGAUCCUGACUCCCAACCUCUCGGCCUCCCCUUCUGUCUCUCCGUCUCCUCAAGUCCCCGUUCAGCGCAACUGGACCCGCUCCCCUUCUCCUCAGAUGCCAACCUCCCCGGUACAUUCCCAUCCUCCCCAUUCCCCAACCUACUGCCCAUACCCAACAUCACCUAAGCACAGAUCUAAGUUGCGCAGGCAGACUUUUGAUUUUCAGUGUAGUCCCUCUAAAGAGAUGCGGUCAUCGGUUUCCAGGCGCCGGGCCCCCAGCCCUCUCAUCUACAACACCGAACAGCAGAACCCAACACCACCCAGACCGUCCUCUCUCCCCAUCCUUCCCUCCACCCCUAUCUACAGUAACCCCUUUGACUUUCCUGGCCCUCUCACACCUCCAUCUCCUGGUCACUCUCUCGGAGAUCCCUACCACGCCUCGACUCCCCCGCUGUUCUCUCCUUCCGGUGUGCCGAGUCCGAACCCUCUACUAGUCUCACGCUCUCUCUCCCCGACUCAUUUCUUCUCGGGAGCCUCCUCCCCUUUGCAUCUACCACCCAGCCCUUCUUGUCUCAACUACCCCAACCUCAGCCCCGCUCCCCCUGCCAGACCCUUUGCCAUCAAACCUCUACCCUACUGGACCAAGUACGACGUUGCCGACUGGUUGACUUACUUAAAUUUGGGUGAACACAGGGAGCGUUUUAUAGACAACGAGAUAGAUGGAUCUCAUCUCCCGUCACUUACUAAGGACGACUUCUUGGACCUGGGAGUGACCCGAGUGGGGCAUCGAAUGAACAUCGAGCGGGCCCUCAAGAAACUAACUGACAGGCGUCUCUCCUCUCCUUUGCAUGUCCCCACAACUCCUCGAGACACAGACUGAGAAAGUGAAGGGAUGAUUCAGAAAAGGGAGAGAGAAUCUUAUUGACAAAGCUGAUCAAUAACAGAAGAUGUGCAAGAGAAGAUCAGUGGACAUCAACAGGCCUAAAGGGGCAAAACCUGGGCUUUGCUUUACUGUGGAUCAAUUUGUGGAGUAUAAAAAGAGUCAGAAUGUCUGAAGUCGAUGGUGAAAAUAUGUUUCUAAACUUUUGAUGGACAGGCUUUUAAUUAACGGACUAUUUUUUGGUGUAAAAGAAUAAACACAUUUGCAGUGUUUUUUUCUUUCGGGCUCAGUGACAGAUGGAUUCUCACACCAUCUGCUGCUCAGAGCUGCAACUCAGAAAACUUAAGUUGGAGUUUAGAGACAAGCAGAAAAAUCACCCAAGGAAAAUGUUAUGUACUGUGACUGAAUCAGAGACGCUAUUAAAAGCGCAUUCUGACGUCUGCUUUGUGCUUUUCAGCAGAUCCCAUGAUGAGUUUUAUUUGUAAAUGAUAGAUAAAAUACACAAAAAUAGUAUUUUAUAUGAAAUAAUAAAUAUAUAUAUAUAUAUAUUACACACACAUAUAUUUGCAGAUUUCCCCCAGAGGUUGCUCCCAAUAAGCUUUGUAUGUUUGUACUUUGCGAGCGCUAAAUAUAUAUUCCAUGUUUAACAGGAUUAGUGAAAGAGCCCAUCUGUUUUGUACUCAGUGCUGAUAGCAAUCAUUCAUAUAAAACUGGUCAGGGUGUUUUUAAAUGUUCAAAUUACACUGUAAAAAAUGAGGAAGAGAUUUAAAAGCUUCAUCAGGUUUCAGUUUUGGAUAAAACUGAGUUUUAUGUUUUGGGGUGAAACUAAAGUUCUGUCCUUCCUCUUUGGUGCCAGGAGGUCGGCCAUUUUGUUUUUUCCCACGUAGGUGAGGUGAUGAAAAAGGGCUUUUUCCUGCUUCUCUAUUUGCCUGAACGUCUCGACCUUAUGCCUCUGUGAGUCUGAUGAUGUGAGUGUGCUUGUUGGUCUCAGAUUCUUCCCCUGACUUUUACCUUUUCCAUAAAAGCAAAUGCUUCUUCUGCUCCUAAAAUGUUGAAUUAGUUAGUUUUUAAUUUUGAACUGCCAAUCCCACAGUUUCACUAUUCCACAAAGCAAAAAUAAUAAUAGUAAUUUUCACAUAUUUUUGCUGUAAUAAAUGGAAAACUACAGUUUGUGUUAUUAAACAUCCGAUCUCGGCUUUAUUCUACAUGGUGGCCGACAGGCGCAAAUGUGCAUCAAACACAUGAAUAAUGCAAAACACACAAAGACCUACAACUAAUAAAACAAAAGCAAAAGAAAAAUCCUGCAACCACAGGAAAUGGAAACAACCGGGUCGGACACGGUAACAAUCGACUCCCCCUGGUGGCCUGGAGGACUUCCAUAUGGCGAGCAAACAACCAGCGUUUUAUACCUGCUGCUGUUUUUCUACUUCCUGUGGUUGCGGUGUGUUUUAUUUGUAUGUUUUGUCGGUUGUAAGUUCUUGCUUCUAUUUUCUGCGAUUGCAGUUUUUCCAAUUCAAAAAUACUUAACUGCUCUCAAAUUUUAUGAUUCUAAAUCCAUGUCCAGAGGCUCCACAGUGGUGCCCAGAACAGAACCAGCCUUCAUCGGGUUGUUGUCCACACAGAAGUUCACUCAGUCACACACUCAUUCAUGGCACUGAUGUUUCUCCAUGUGGCUGGCAAAGAGCAAUCCCAUCCGUUACUUUAAACCGCCCCGUAGGGCUUCGUCGUCUUCCUGUGACCGAUGCCUUACAGGCAUCUUCCUAACGUAGUUUCUGAACAAGGGUUUGUAUUCAGAGCAGAGAAUAACAAAAUUGUGAUCUUGGUGUAUAUAUCAAUGUGUUGCAUGUGUUUUUUUUUCUUUGUUUUGCAUUAUUCAUGUGUUGGCGCCGCUUUUUGCCAUUUGCUGCGCAUUUGCGCCUGUUGGCCGCUGUGAUUUUAAGAUGCCAGGGCAGCCAUUUAACUGUGGGGCAAACAUCACCUAUAGCUUUGUAUGUAAUGACGAUAACGUCAGCAAAGAUGAUAAAAUAUAGUACAAUGAAGAUUAUAAUAUUAGGUAUGUAAACAUUUUUAAGAAUCUCUGUCUUCCAGAUAGUGUGGACAAAUUCUUUGACGUUUUCUGUUUAAUUUCUGGGUUUUCUGUGAAUGCUUUCUGUACUGCAGUGACUCUUAUUGAAGCCCAGAGCAGAACAUGGACUGAGCCGUAGUGUAGAAAGCAUUUCACCUUAUGAACACCAGAGUAUUUUUAGGCCUAGUGAAAUGCAUCAUGACCACAUACAGUAUGAGCAUAAGUAUGCAGAGAUAAAAGGUAUAUGAAUAUAUAUAUAAAUUUUGUUUUGAAUAAAAUACAGUAUAUAAUAUGAUAGAGAUACAACUAAGGUGUUGAAAUAAAAGCUGAAAUAAAGCCCGGCUCUGU